UUGACACAGGAAGAAUAUGAAUAUAUUACAUAUUGUAGCGGAAGUUGAGACGGAUCCAUGUGUGGUACAAACACCACUUUAAUAUCCAAGCAAAGGUAUCCAAAAUGUUAGAGAAAGGUCGAGUCGGUAAGGAAAAUCAAGUAACCAGAAAAUAGAGUCAGCGAGGCAAACAAAUCAAAAGGGCAAAUCCAAAAACAGCAGAAAUCCAGUAAGCAAAGAACACAAAGGCAAAAUGGAAGCAGAGAUACAAGGCUUGGUACGUAGAUAAAACAAUACUUCGCGAAGCUGUGUUUGUCGUGAGCGUGUUUAUAUGUCCAUAAUUCCGGAAGUGAACCUCUGUGACCCAGAUGUUUAGUAGUCAGGUGAGAGUUCCCUCCGCUGGGCAGGAGAAGGUGUUGUGACACAUGUCCAUACAGCCAUGUCCUGGCAAAACCGUCACAAAACAAAACCUUAUCAUUUUAAAUACAGUACUAGAAAAUGCAAAGGCUAUUCUGUACAAGCAAAUGCUCCUUUCAGUUAACUUGAUAAUAACCUGCUAGUAGUUAUGGUAUUUAUUGUUUUCUGUGAGGCUUUUUAAAUAUCACCAGUUUUGCUUAGGCAUGUGUUGGACUAUUGAUCAGAAGCUUGUGAGGUUGAUCCCCAGGUCCACCAAGCUGCCACUGCUGGGCCCAUGAGCAAGGCUCUUAACUCUCAGUUGUAUAAAAAAUAAGCUGUUGGCCUCCUGGUGCAAUGACAGGAUCCAGCGCUCUCUUUGCUGUGGCCCGGGUUCAAUUCCUGGGCAGGGAGCUAACCCAGCCACUGAAGAGUUCACUCUCAGUGCCGGUCCCAAGCCCGGGUUAAAUGGGAGGGUUGCAUCAGGAAGGGCAUCCGGCGUAAAACCUGUGUCAAAUCAAAACCAAAUGAUCCGUUGGGGAGACCCCAAAUGGGGAGCAGCUGAAAGAGCAACAACAUAAACUGUAAGUUGCUCUGGAAAAAUGUUGUAAAUGUAAAUUUUGAUAUAAGCAACAUACUGCACACUUUAAUACAUGAUUACAUAGUCUGUUUUGCAUCUUUCUGCUUCAAAUACCUGUUUCUGUUGUGGUCUACAGUAGAGUGGUGCAGAGCAAAGAGAUUUUCUGUGUUUAAAUCCUCAUAAUUAUAUCAUAUGGUGUCAGGAAAACGUUUUAAGGAUUACACUUUGAUUAGUUCAGGUUAAAAUAUAACCACCAGUUAAUCUUGCCACGGUCAGGUUUAUGAGACUACACCAGAUGCAAGCGCAGAUUAAGUUUUUUACUGCUCUAAGUUUAUUACUGCACUGGUGUACUAUUAUGCUGGCAGUAUGGAAAUCUUCUUUUCACAUUUUCCAUCAGUAUAUACAAAUUCUAAAAAAUCAGUAUAAUAUCAAAUUCUUAAAGCCCUGAGUGUCUACUUUCAUUUAAUCCAUUAACCACCACUCUGUUUUGUGACAUGACAAAGAAAUUCGUUGCUGAACACGGACACAACACAUCAGAAGCAAAUUCUAUUUUUUUUUUUGGCCUCUGGAAAAAAGAGUUAACCAAGAGUUCACCACAUAUAUUUUUGUGAGAAUUUACAAUUAUUCUAAGCACUACAUUCUUAUUAGUAAUAUUUCCUGAAAGGCAAGUAAGCGUUUUUCCAUUUUUCUAACAGACUGAAACAUUUACAAUCAGUCUUUACUGAGUUUUCACUCUUUUUGGCUCAUCAUGAAAGGUGCCAAUAAUUCUGGAACUGACCGCAUUAAGGACUGGAUCACAAAUUUUACUUUCUGUUUCAUGACAUAUGGUUUUGUCAUCAGCUGUUUUAUUUGACCUUUGACCAUGAAUCACACAAUCCUUGUGAUCCAAACCCUCAUCUAAGCCCUGCCAGCCCAUGUGUUUACACAGUAGUGUUUACAGAGUAAACAGAAGGGCUAUGUCUCUGUACAGGAGGGGAAAGCGAACAUGACAAUGGUAGCAAUUGGUACAAUUACAGCGGUCAGUCAUCUGGUUACAGCACUUCUAUUACUUGUUUCAUUCACACUCUGAACAAAAUGGCAAAUCCAUGGCAGCCUGCGGAGGUCAACUUUCAGACACGGUGGAAUUUACGCCGGGCAAAGGAAUGCUUCAUCAGAGGGCAGCAUGUGAGUUUACAAAGGCUGAAAGAGCGAAGAUCUCGCAAUAAAAUGGCAGAGUAUUUACUAAAUGAGAUCCCACCCUACCCAACUCCAGCUGAAUUUUGGGUUUCAGAAGUAACCCAUGUUACUGAAGAGUCAGGAUUUGAGGGGAUCCUGGAGUCAGAGCAGUUCAGUCCUAUAGCAGGAGAGUUCUCAUGGUGGGGCCUUAAAAUUAAUGAAGAUGAGAUAAAAGCAGCAGAGAAACGCUACAUGGAGACUAAUUUCCCAAAUGAAGCACAAGAUCUGAAUGAGCAAAGGCCAUUUCUGGAGAAGUUCACCACAUCACCUCCGUUCCAACUAGAGGUAUCCCGCUAUGGCAAUUAUCGCUUCUCGUUUCCCCUCACUGAUCUGAUGCAGUGGUACAAAGAACAGAACUGUGGAGGAGAAGACCCGGUUCUCAGGGUGUACGAGACCGUCACCUACAGACAGGAGAUUAUGUACACCGUUCUGAUUCACAGUCCUGAGGAUAACCAGCGUUUUGGAGAAUAUCCGCUUCUUGAGGCGAGUGAGUGGGUUCAGUAUCAGGAUGGGAAGAUCAUCUGGAAAGCACAAGCCAUUUGUGAAACCCACCGGUAUCAGUUCAUUUCAGGAGAAGUACAAAGGCUGAAUCCUUAUCUGUAUUAUGUCUGGGAUCAUGUUAGUUUAGUCUUUCACUUACCAAAACCUAAAGCCAUGAAAAUCUCUAUAGAACGCCUUAUAGAAGCUCUCGAGGUGUGUAAACUUGAUGAGAUAGAUCUCUCGAGGUACGAAGGUCCUAAAAACAAAGAGGAACGCUUCCAGGAAGCUGAUAUGAAACCCUGACCCAUCGAGGCAUGGACUCCACUAGAUCCCUGAAGGUGUUCUGUGGUAUCUGGCACCAAGAUGUUAGCAGCAGAUCCUUUAAGUCCUGUAAGUCAUGAGGUGAGGCCUUUAUGGAUUUGUCCAUGUUUGUCCACCACAUCCCACAGAUGCUCGAUUGGAUUGAGAUCUGGGGAAUUUGGAGGCCAAGUCAACACCUCAAACUGGUUGUUGUGCUCAUCUAACCAUUCCUGAACCAUUUUUGCUUUGUGGCACGGCGCAUUAUCCUGCUGAAAGAGGCCACAGCCAUCAGGGAAUACUGUUUCCAUGAAAGGGCCAGCUUUUACUCCCCACAUGCAUCAAUGAGCCUUGACCACCCAUGACCCUGUCUCCGGUUCACCACUGUUCCUUCUUUGGACCACUUUUGAUAGAUACUGACCACUGCAGACCGGGAACACCCCACAAGAGCUGCCGUUUUGGAGAUGCUCUGAUCCAGUGGUCUAGCCAUCACAAUUUGGUCCUUCAUCAAACUCGCUCAAAUCCUUACUCUUGCCCAUUUUUCCCGCUUCUAACAUCAACUUUGAGGACAAAAUGUUGACUUGCUGCCUAAUAUAUCCCACCCACUAACAGGCGCUAUUCAGGUAGAAUAUAUAAAUACAGUAUGUUAUAAUAUUGUUAUAAUGUGCAUUCAUUCAGUCAGUUUUGUUAUUACCACUACACAGAGCAUAGAAUAAUAUCCUGUUUAUUCCUGAAAUAAAGAAAAUUAACAAACACCACAAAGAGCAGUCCUUCACAAAAAAAAAAGAAUACACAGACCUGCUGUAAACUAACAAGCAGCACAAUGAAAAUCACCCGAAUGUGCUUCUCUCCGAAAACUCAGCACAUGACAUCAUCAAUAAGCAAUAUAAAAACAUCAGAUUAUUUACUAAUGGCAGUGGCACCUUUCAGAAAGAUGAUACGCCCUGUGAGGUUGGCAAAAAACUGACACGCCAACACCUAGUCACCAGAAAUCGCCAGCUCUGGUCUCUUGUCACUGUGACUUGCUGUAUGUGUGAACAGAGCAUUAGCAGUGCCUGGAAAUACUCAAUUUUACUGAAGACUGUGUAAAAAAAAAUCUCCAAACAUAUGUUUACCCAUAAUCAUUUGGACAUGUAAAUGUAACCUGAAUAGAAAUUAUACUGAAUCCACACAAAAUUAUCUGAACCUGUGCAUUUAAGUGGUGUCUGAAUGAGUGCCUUCCCCUUAAAUUCCAUAGCUCUAUAUGUAAUUUCCUGUGUUGGCUCCAUCUCUUCCUUUUCCAUCAUGCCAUCAUAUGAGAAAGGACAGAGCACGUGAUAUAAAGGCAGUGUUGGUAUAACAGACAUCAUUCACCUGAUUAAUCCAUUCUCCUGACCGUCUGAUCCACACUCUGAAAAAUGGCAUUUUUCAAUCCACAGCAACCUAAAGAGGGGAACUUCAUCGAAGGGGAGCAUUUGAAUAUUCUGGGACUGAGAGAGCAAAAGAAAGCUCACGAUCCCAUGUGGAGGUACAUAAGAAAGGAGAUCCCACCCUACCCAAGUCCAGUUGAAUUUUGGGUUUCAGAAGUACUGAGGAGACUGGAGACUUGAACUGAGGGUUCAAGGGGAUACUGAAGUCCGAGCAGUUCAAUCCUCCUAACAGUGCGAUCUCAUGGUGGGACUUAAAAAUUAAUAAAGAUGAGAUAAAAGCAGCAGAGAAAUGCUACAUGGAGAGAAAUUUCCCAAAGAUGGCACAAGAGCUGAAUGAAACGUUUCUGGAGAUGUUCACCACAUCACCUCUCUUCAAACUAGAGGAAUCCCGCUACGGCAAUUAUCGCUUCACGUUUCCCUUCACUGAUCUGAUGCAGUGGUACAAAGAACAGAACUGUGGAGGAGAAGACCCGGUUCUCAGGGUGUACAGAACCAUCACCUUCAAACAGGAGAUUGUGUACACCGUGCUGAUUCACAGUCCUGAGAAUAACGAGCGUUUUGGAGAAUAUCCACUUCUUGAGGCGAGUGAGUGGGUUCAGUAUCAGGAUGGGAAGAUCAUCUGGAAAGCACAAGCCAUUUGUGAAACCCACCGGUAUCAGUUUAUUUCAGGAGAAGUACAAUGGCUGUAUCCUCAUGAGUUUUAUGUCUGGGAUCAGGUCAGUUUAGUCUUUCACUUGCCAAAAUCUAAAGCCCUGAAAAUCCCCAGAGAACGGCUUAUAGAAGCUCUCGAGGCCUGUGAAAUUGCCGACAUAGAUCUCUCAGAGUACCAAGGUUCUAAAUCCACACAGGAACGCUACAUGGAAGCAAAGGAGGAAGUCAGAAAAUUGAAAAUAGAGCUGAAAGAGGAGGAGGAAGAAGAAAAGGAUGAAGAUCUAGAGGAUGAAGAUGAAGCAAAACCAUGAAAUGUAUUCAUGGGUGAUAUUUUGUAGAACUGAUCACCCUACAAUAUCAAAUGAUCUAAAUUCUAUAAACUGUUAAACUAUUCUGAUCAUUUUAUUUCUUAUCUCUUAAAAAUGAUUUCUUAUUCUCAUGAUUUUUAAUUUCUCUGAUUAGUUAUCUUCAUGUUAAAGUUUCUUCUUGACGGUGUAAUCUAUGUAAUCUUAAUCAGUGCAGGAGAACAAUAAAAAAAAAGUUCUUUUAGAUCAUAAGC